CAGGACAAAGCUGCUUUUGCCCUCCUGCCACGGUUGAGUGAGGAGGCAGUUUCGUUUUUAUCCGAAGCUUGUCUGAAGAUUCUCUACUUGCUCUUUCAGCUGGAUAUGUGACGCUCAUUUAAAACUCAUAAGUUAAAGAAACAACUAAGUAUUCCCUCUUUGGGAUGAGGUGAACUAAUGCCGGACAAGAAUGGCUGAUUGACUGUAAUACAACCAAGGAUUAACAGCAGUCAGCAGUCCAGUUCUUACCCGACAACAUUUACAAAGAAACGCUGUAUAAAAUUGAGCACCAUGGCUAAAGGGAAGAAGGGUGGAUCAAAGGGCAAAAAAAUCACCCUGAAAAUGGCCAAGAAAGCCCUCAAGGUGACACCCGAGGGAAAACGGCGUCUCGAUCUCAGCAACAUGGGUAUUGACACCUUUCCAAAAUGUCUCCUGAAACUGACUGACCUGGAGGAGGUGGACCUGAGCCGCAAUCAGCUGAAGAGCAUUCCAGAUUUCAUUGGCCAGUUCAUUGGCGUGCUCUGGCUUGAUCUGCACAGCAACUACAUUGAGCAACUGCCGAAAAGCAUCGGACAGCUGGAGUCUCUGUGUCACCUCAACCUGUGCAACAACAGCCUGGACUCAGACGGUUUACCCGCUGACAUUGGAAACCUGAGGAACCUGCAGACGCUCAACCUGGGUAUGAACCGACUCACCGUUCUUCCACCCACUAUGGCUGCUCUGACCAACCUGAGAGAGCUGGGCUUGUUUGACAACAUGCUCACUGUGCUUCCCGAAUGCAUCCGCACGCUGCCCAACCUGAAAAAAAUCAACACCAAACGCAACCCCAUAGCCUAUGCUCAGAGAGACGCCAAAGACACAAAAGCAACUGCCGGCCUGUAUUUGGUUAGGGAGGAAGAUCUGUGUAAGCUUUGUCUGGAGAAAUGUAGGGAGGAAAGGCAGAGACAGGAAAGAAAACAGCUUUCAGAUCAGUAUCAAAGGAGAGGUAGAUUUUCAGGGCUGAUCACACCGAAUUCAGUGGCACGGAGCAAUCAGGAGCUGUGGCACUAGACUUCAUGCUGCUCUAUUUACUAAAGCAACUAAAUGGCAUAAUGUUGGCUAUGUUGCAUUUUAUUUUGACAUUUUAUGACUAAAUUAAAAAUACACUAUCCACAACCCA